GCCCAUUUUCCCUUAUCACGAUAAUACGAUAUAACUGUAACUGUAGUGCUUUAGAGGCGGCACGGCAGAACACGAAGCACACGGCCAGUGAGCCGAGAGUCGAUUCAGGUCCCUCGAGGAAAAUGGACGUGGGACUGGUCACUCGUGCAUCCUUGAAUUCUCUACACAUGGACGAUGGCCGGAUUGUCUCGCCGAAUAAUUUCGACGAGUGGACCUGGUCCAGCCUGCGAAAACAGUUCAAAUACAAGGGCCUAGAGAAGCUGUUCACGAUUUACCAGAGAAGAAUUCAGUAUGGUUAUCUGUCGCUCUUCGUACUCCUACAGUUGGCCCUUGGAAUCAUAUAUUGUUUGAUUCUGAUCACGAUGGUCAGCAUAGAGAAUUGUAUACCGGAUGUAGUAAGCACCCUUAUGAGCGCGUUACUCUGCCCGAUAAUCGCGCUUUUGUUCAAAUCGAAAAUCAUCGCAAGGGACACCUACUUACCAGUCAUGUUAUCCUGCUUGAUCGUGGUACUGUUAGUAGUCGGUGAUUUGGCUGUUCCUUUGUACUAUACCAUCCUGUACAACGAUGACAUACCACCGAUAAGACCAGCGUACGCGACUCACGCGCUCUUGGCGUGUUACGUCUUCCUACCUCUCACGGAGAAUCUGCAUGCUUUCAUACUCGGGAUCACUGCGACUAUAUGUUACUUAGUUACUCUUUCGUUAAUCACUUACAGAAACACAUUUGAUUACAGUACGAAGAUCAUUACAGAGAGUAUAUACCUUGCUUGCGUAAAUGGUCUUGGAUUAUACUUCAGAUUCAUGAAUGAAAUCGUUAUUAGACGAUCGUUCUUAGAUCACCGCAAGUGUGUGGAAUCAACGCUGCGCCUGAAUUACGAGAAAGAUCAGGAAGAACAACUUACGCGGAGUAUAUUGCCUCAACAUAUAGCUGCGAAAAUAAAAAAAGAGUUUAGAGAUAUUUUUAAAUUUAUAGAGGAACACAAAAAACCUCCUCCUAAAGGAAGUCCACACAACGAUCUGUGCGUCGAAACGCACAACAACGUGAGCAUUUUGUAUGCUGAUGUUGUGAAUUUUUCCGGAUUAACAGUGACAUUACCUGUACGAAAAUUGGUAGAGACACUGAACGACUUGUUCGGUAGUUUCGACGAGGCUUCCGAAAGGCAUAAUGUUCUGCGUAUCAAGUUCCUAGGUGAUUGUUACUAUUGUGUAAGUGGAGUGCCAACUCCAAACUCGCAGCAUGCGAAAAGCUGUGUAGAUUUAGGACUUGAUAUGAUAAAGAUCAUUAAAGAUGUGAGAGCUAAAGUACGACGCGAGAGUGGCGUGGAUGUAAAUAUGAGAAUAGGGGUCCACUCUGGCAACAUAAUAUCGGGGAUCCUGGGUAACAACAAGUGGCAGUAUGAUGUUUGGUCACGCGAUGUCGUGAUAGCUAAUAAAAUGGAGCAAACGGGGAAACCCGGCAAAGUCCACGUUACUCAGCAAACAUUGGAUCUUGUGAACGCUAACGAGUAUGAUUGCGUCCCAGUGGAGUCCUUGAAUGACGAGGUCCUUAAGAAAUACGGAAUUCGAAGUUACCUGAUCACACCCUCGAUCCCGGAUUCACCGACUACGCAGAACAGCGAGAACACCUUGACAGUCAUGACUCCGAGUACCCCACCGCCAUGCAACAAACAUUACGUGAAAUUCUACUUACGAUCCAGUAGCGUGAAUUCUGGAUCAAGAAACAGUAGACGUCUUACUGCCACUAUAAAUAAUCACGUUGACGUAUUCACCAGCUCUUGUAGACGCCGUACACACUUCAUGGACUCCUGUUUGCGAGAUUAUCAUCUGAUGCUCAAGGCUGCGGAUGCAGAGAUGGAGAAUGCUAUUAAGAAAAUGCCUCUUACUAAGUGGGAGCAAUGGUGCAAAUGGGAAGAUAUGAAUCCAAUAUUCUUAACAUUUCAACAGUGGAAUUGGGAAAUACCGUUUCUGAAAGAGCCUGAUCCACUUUUCAAAUUUUAUAUCAGUUCCGCUGUGUUUGUCCUGAUUUUUAUGGGGCUUAUUUAUUUGGUACCUGCGCUUUCUUUUUCUGAGUGGCAUUUAAGCACAGCGAUUAGUUAUGUCACGGCGAUAUUAUUUUUGAUCGCUUUAAUGCCAAUAGCUUGGAUGCACUUCGCGUGGAACCGGUAUAAAGAUCCGCAUGAUGAACAAGAAGGGCACGUACCGCAUCCUCACAAUAAAUUAUUGUGUUUUCUAUAUCAAACUAGUAUAAAGUUUGAAUGUAAAAAUAUGAGUGAGCUUGAAAGCAACAAUACAACAUCCAGCAUAAUAGAUCCUGACGCCGCGAAAUUUGAUUGCGUGGCUACACCUUGGCAAAUGACGCAAACUUGCUCUUUGGCAAUUUUAACAAGUUUUUUGUUUUUGAGACUCCAUUAUAUUUUAAAGUUAAUAAUAGGUACCACAGUAGUGGUAUUUUAUUCGUGGAAUGUUUGGGUGUGUCGUUCAAAUUUAUUUCAGGCAGAAUACUUGAGCAGAUUAGACUAUUUAUGGAAGCGUCAAUUAACUAAAGAACAAGAUGAAGCAUUCCAUACGAGAAACGCUAAUAAACUUCUACUUCGUAAUAUUUUACCAGAACACGUUGCGGAGUUCUACUUGAAUAUGAACAGAACAGAAGAAAACGAGCCUUAUCACGAAGCUCAUAAUAAUGUGGCCGUCAUGUUUGCUUCAUUAACGGAUGUAUCUAUUGAUGGAAGUAAUACUCUAGCAGAUCUAAAUGAAAUUAUAUGUGAAUUCGAUAAAUUAUUAUUUGAGCCAUACUAUGUCUAUCGAAUUGAAAAAAUCAAAAUUGCUGGUACUACCUAUAUGGCAGCUUGUGGAUUAGAAGCCGGUCGACGAGAUUCGAUGCACAGCGCAGAAAGUGAGGGAAAUUUCAAUGACAACGUGAUCAAAGUUAUGGCCCAAUUUGCGGUUGAGAUGAUGGCAGUUCUAGAUAAAUUGAAGAGAAAGUCUUUUUACACGAAACCUUAUAGACUAAGAAUUGGAAUAUCACACGGCGAAGUAACAGCAGGUGUAGUAGGCGCUCAGAAGCCAUUGUAUGAUAUUUGGGGUGAUGCUGUGAAUAUGGCAUCAAGAAUGGACACGACAGGUGUUCCAGGGAAAAUACAGGUUACGGCAGAAACUGCAGCUGUCCUCGAGCAACAAGGUAUCAAAUGUCAUCUUCGAGGAAAAACGUAUGUCAAACCAAAAGGAUUUGUUACAACGUACUUUGUUGGCAUCGAUGAUAAUCUACAACUUCAAAGAGCAGAUUCUAUCGAGGAAACUAGUCUGUGAUUAAAACUCUAAAUCGACUUUUAAGCAAUUACUGCGGUAACAAUGUGAAAAGUGAGAUAUUAGGUAUCUAAGUGAAUAUAUACACAGAGACACAAGAGAAAAACCAAAGAAAAUUUGAAACACCAAAGAAUCGAGAGAAAAGAGAACGCGGUUAACGACUGCAUCGCUUAUGCGAAAUACCUCAAUUUAUUCAGUCGAAUACAUAACAGUAACGUACGUGAAAUAUGUUUGCAAUCAUAAUUGAUAUGAGGACGAUUAUUGACACAUUAUUACAAGUCGAAGAUGCCAGUUUUAUGACAAUUUUUUACAUGAUCAUUAUUCAUAUAAAGACAUAUUAUACGUUAUUUCAUUCGAUUAUUUGAAAUAUUCAUAUUGUAAAUAAGCAAGAAACUUCUAUCUAGUGAUAUUUGGAAAACACUAUCCUAAAUAAUGCACAAUCUAUUGAAAGUAUGAAAAUCUUGUAAUUGAUGAUAAAAAGAAUUUCCAAGAAUAAUUCGUUGUAAAUGACAAUUCGAAAGAUAAUCAAAAGAAAUGGAACGUAUUAUUUGUAUCAUCGCAUGCAAAUGAUAAUAAUGUUUUCUAGCUGUAUGUUAAAUGUAUAUACAAUAUUUCGCGUUUAAUUAACAGAAAUGUAGUUAGUUUGAAAUAUUUAUUGACCUAGGUUUUUCCAAGUUUUCAUGACAAUGCAAACGUUUUGAAAAUUGACAUGAACACAUUUUCAUAACGUUCACUGUAAAGUUAAAAAGAUACCAUAAUAUCGAAGAUGCUCCUAAGUUUCGAAAAACACAAUCCAAAAAUAUCUGAACAACUUUAAAUCCUUUUUCAUUUCAUGUCUAAUGACAGUUUUAUUAUUAAUUCGUUUCCAUAGUUUUUAUUUCAUAUAAAUUUUUUUGAUAGUUAAUUCAACAAAAUCGGGAUGAAAUUUUCAUUGCUUGGGAAUUGUUUCUUCUUAAUGAGUAAGCAAACAAAAUACAAACACGUAUAAAACGGCUCCGCGAAUCUAAACAUGUAUGAGAUUCGUAUUUAGUGAGUAAGUAAAAAAAUAAUUUUUAUCGCAUAACAUCAAUGAAUUUAUAAUGCCCACAGACUAUGCCCAAGUUAUUAUGUUUAAUUUUUAAAUUGUUCUGGGAGAACAAAUGCAGUAAUUUUUUAAAUACAUCGUCUCUUUCUUAAUUUAAUAAACCACACAUCUUAUAAGCUAAGCUUCUCACCCUGGUUAUGAGUAGAUGUACGAAUUUAUUUUUCUAUCAACUGUAUGUAUCAUUGGCGUGACAAACAUCAGUUUAUUUCUUUGUACAUAUUUUUAUAUAUAUAUACAUAUAUUUUUUAAACAUUAAAAGAUAACGACCAAUGUGAUUUAAAUAAAGUAUUUAUUACAUACAUACACGAGGUAUGAAUUUUGUUUAUGAACACAAAAACAUUGUAACGAAUGUCUAUGUUAUGCGUC